AUGUCUGACGAAAAGUUCCUCGCCGCUUCGGCCAAGCACCCUAUCGUGCCCAACCAUGUCUACAACUAUGGUACUGCGGGGUUCCGUAUGAAGGCCGACCUUCUCGACGGCGUCUCGUUCCGUGUCGGCCUCCUGUCUGGUCUUCGAAGCCGUAAGCUCAAUGGCCAGGCCAUUGGUGUCAUGAUCACCGCCAGCCACAACCCAGCUGUCGACAAUGGUGUCAAGAUCGUUGACCCCAUGGGCGAGAUGCUUGAGCAGGAGUGGGAGGCCUAUGCCACCAAGCUUGUCAACUCUCCUUCUGAUCAGGAGCUUCUUGACAACUACAAGGCUCUAGCUACCCAACUCAAGAUCGGCCUUUCUUCUCCUGGUCGAGUUGUUUACGGCCGUGACACUCGUCCCUCCGGUCACUCUCUUGUUGCUGCUCUCUCCGAUGCUCUCGAGGCCACAAACACCGAAUACACCGACUACAAGAUCCUCACCACUCCCCAGCUUCACUACCUGACCCGUUGUGUCAACACUGAAGGCACCCCCAAGGCCUACGGCAAGGUCAGCGAGCAGGGUUACUAUGAAAAGAUGUCUGAGGCUUUUACCCGUGCUCUACGGGGCCGAAAGCCACAGGGCCAGCUCAUCGUUGACUGCGCCAACGGUGUUGGUGGUCCCAAGCUCUCCGACUUCCUCAAGGUCGUCCCUGAGGGCACCAUUGACGUCAAGGUUGUCAACGACGAUGUCCUCCGUCCCGAGGUUCUCAACCUAGAUUCUGGCGCCGACUUUGUCAAGACCAAGCAGCGAGCUCCUCCCAGCCCCAAGCCCGUUCCCGGUGCCCGAUGCUGUUCCCUCGACGGCGACGCCGAUCGUCUAAUCUACUACUGGGUCGACCCCGAUACUGGUUUCUUCAUGCUCGACGGCGACCGCAUCUCCUCGCUCAACGCUUCUUUCAUCGGCGACCUUGUCCGCUCUGCUGGCCUUCAAGAUGAUCUCCGCAUCGGUGUUGUUCAGACCGCCUAUGCCAACGGUGCCAGCACAAACUAUAUCGAGAAGCAUCUUGGCCUUCCCGUUGUUUUCACCCCCACUGGUGUGAAGCACUUGCACCACGCUGCUUGCCAGUUCGAUGUUGGUGUUUACUUCGAGGCCAACGGCCACGGUACAGUUGUCUUCUCUCAGGAGGCUACCCGUGCUUUCCGUGAGACUGAGCCCCAGUCUCCUGCUCAGAAGGAUGCUCUCGAGACUCUCGCUGCCAUUAGCGAUCUGAUCAACCAGACUGUCGGUGAUGCCAUUUCUGACAUGCUCAUGGUUGAAGUUAUUCUUGCUCACAAGGGUUGGACUCUCAAGGACUGGGCUAUGACCUACAAUGACCUCCCCAACCGACUUGUCCGAGUCGAGGUUGGCAACAAAGACCUCUUCCAAACCACCGAUGCGGAGCGUCGCCUUAGCCACCCCGCUGGUGCUCAAGACGAGAUCGACCAAUGUGUUAAGAAGUACACCAGCGCUCGCUCUUUUGCACGUGCAAGCGGUACUGAGAAUGCAUGCCGUGUCUAUGCUGAGGCUGCCACACGCUCCGAGGCGGAUGAACUCGCUAACAAGGUUGCUCAAAUUGUCAAGCAGUUCGGUUCUUAG